UUUAACUCUACGUGACCUGCUUGUAAAAUACACCGUUUUUAGUAGUAGGACUCAAGGAGAGAAUUUACAGUGUGUCACUGAGUCUCUUAUAUGAUAUUCUUUCCAUGAGUUCAGUGUGUGUGUAAAUGUGUGUAAAUGUAUGAGCAUGUUGAUGUCUAUUUGCUUUGCGUCUGUGACAUAGUGUUCCGUGAACCUUGUGGACUCUGCUCCAGGAUUCCUAUGAUUGGGUCCUACCUCUCUCAUGGACACUCACGUUUUUUUAGGGGACGACCUGAAUGUCGACAUGAUCAAAGAGUUCACAUGAGUGGUGGCCUGCGGGUUACUGAUUACUGCAGAAUGGAUGUUAGAGUUUCAGCCAAUCAACAUCCAGGAUCCAAACUACCUGUGCUAUAAUGCCUCUUUAAGAUAAAGGUUUGCUCUUCAACCAAAGUCCUGUCAGUGAAAUCCUCUGCCGCUCUAACACAUCUCUCCAUCUCCUCGUGGGACCUCUGCUGCUGCACUGUUAAAAACUGGUCCGCUGGAUCACUCUACAUUUACCUGUGUCAACUGCAGAGGUCAUCAUGAGUGUUGAAAACAAGGCGCCCCGGGAGCCUUGCUGCUCCAAACUGAAGCUGUUCCUGGUUUCCUUGUCCUUUGUGUACUUUGCAAAAGCCUUCGGGGGAAGCUACAUGAAGAGUUCUAUCACCCAGAUAGAGAGACGCUUCGACAUCCCCAGCUCACUCAUAGGAGUCAUCGAUGGCAGCUUUGAAAUUGGUAACCUGCUGGUGAUAGCAUUUGUGAGUUACUUUGGGGCGAAGCUCCACAGGCCCAGACUGAUAGGGAUUGGCUGUCUCAUCAUGGCUGCUGGGGCCUUCCUCACUGCUCUGCCACACUUCUUCCAGGGACAGUAUGUAUAUGAAACAACCCUGUCACAUAUACCUGAGGAAAACACUACAGAAAGUAUUCUGCCUUGUCUGGCCAACACCAGUCAUCUGGUCAUAAAUGAUCUGGAUACAGCUGCGAGUAAAGCAGCGUGUGAGAAGGAGGCAGGCUCUUCCUUGUGGAUCUAUGUAUUCCUGGGUAACAUGCUGCGUGGGAUUGGAGAGACGCCUGUCAUGCCUUUAGGAGUGUCCUAUCUGGACGACUACGCCAGAAAGGAGAACACUGCCAUCUACCUUGCGUGUUUACAGACUGUUGGGAUCCUGGGGCCCGUAUUUGGCUUCAUGUUUGGCUCCUUUUGUGCCAAAAUCUAUGUGGACAUUGGCUCUGUGGAUUUAGCGAGCAUCUCCAUCAACCACAAGGACUCUCGCUGGGUGGGGGCCUGGUGGUUAGGCUUCCUGGUAUCUGGCUUACUGAUGCUCCUGGCUGGGAUUCCAUUUUGGUUCCUCCCCAAUACUCUGGCUAAGCAGUGCAAGAGCCCCAGCAAAAAGAAACAGAAGGAGGACAUACAGGCGAAGAGUUCCUCUGACACCUCAGAGGUGGAGCAGGAGCAGGGCAGUUUCCUACCAGAGGACAAUACUGAGGAGGAUGCACCACAGCCUGUCACCAUGGCUGCCAUGGCUAAAGAUUUUGCUCCGUCCCUGAAAAGGCUGUUCAGCAACAAAGUCUACCUGCUGAUCAUCCUGACGUCCGUGGUGGCUUUCAAUGGCUUCAUAGGGAUGAUCACCUUCAAACCCAAGUUCAUGGAGCAGGUCUACGGGCAGUCUCCCUCCAAGGCAAUCUUCUUGAUAGGUUCGAUGAACCUGCCUGCGGUGGCAGUUGGGGUCAUCGUGGGAGGCUUGGUGAUGAAGCGGUUCAAGCUGAGCGUUCUGGGAGCAGCCCGACUCUCCAUCAUGUCCUCCUUCCUCUCCUUCUGCCUCCUGCUCGUCCAGUACUUCCUACAGUGUGACAACUCAGAGGUGGCUGGCCUCACCAUGACCUAUCAAGGUGCUACAGCAGUGUCUUACCAGCAGGAGAACUUGCUGUCUCAGUGUAACAUGGGCUGCUCCUGUUCCCUGAAACACUGGGACCCUGUGUGUGCCAGAAAUGGCAUCACCUACGCCUCCCCCUGUCUUGCUGGCUGCCAGACCUCCACGGGCGUAGGCAAGGAGAUGGAGUUCCAUAACUGCACAUGUAUGCAGGAGCAUAUGGCUCCACCAACCAACAUGUCCGCCAUCUUGGGCCAGUGCCCCAGGAAGAGUGAUUGUGACAGGAUGUUUAAGUUCUACAUGGCUGUCUCUGUCCUGGGGGCCUUCGUCUCUGCCUGCGGGGGCACAUCUGGAUAUAUCGUACUGCUCAGAUCUAUACACCCCGAUUUAAAAUCACUGGCUCUUGGGAUGCAUACAUUGAUAGGCAGAACUCUGGGUGGAAUCCCUCCCCCUAUCUACUUUGGAGCUUUGAUUGACAGGACGUGUCUGAAGUGGGGAUUAAAGCGAUGUGGGGGUCAAGGAGCAUGCAGACUCUACGACUCACAUGCAUUCAGAAUAACGUUCCUGGGUCUGGUCUAUUGUCUAUACGGCAUGGCCAACCUGCUGUGGUGGGUGCUGUACCUGCAACUGUCCAAGCGGCAGAAGAAGUUGGAACUGCGAAGCCAGGCCAAGGCUACCGCCCUGGAGGCCAAUGGGAACAACAAUCCCAAUGGACAUGCCAUGGUCAGCAUCUUUAAGAACAAUGAUGACCUGGACAGGGACAGUGAGAGCACCAUCUGAGAUACCAAAGAGAUUUCCAAAACAAAUGGUUUUUGAUCCUGUAUUGUGCCAUGCCCAUGAUCCACCUGAAGUGUUUUGGGGUAUUUGGUGACUUGUCAAAUGAACAAGUCAAUUUUUUGCCACAACUCGGUACAGUCUUAAGCCAAGACCCAGUACAUUGGUAGGAAUUGGUCGCUAUUUGUGAAACUGAUUUUGCUGCUAGAUCUCAUCGACCAAAGCCCUGAUAUAUUUACCAUCCUCUCAAUGUUAUUAAUGCAGUAUUCAAAAUAUGAGAUCCCAAUGAAGUAUUCCUCCCAUAUGAGUUAUUAUGAAUAGUUUGCCAACCACAGGCCGCACCUAUUACGUGUCUCUAUCUCUCCCUCUCCCAUCCGAGGGACCCUUGUACAUACUAUAAACAAGAAACCUCUUACAAGUUCUUUCGAAACUUGAUUUCUGGCCUAUUUUGAUUUCUCUCUUGUUAUAUACAGUGCCUUGCAAAAGUAUUCAGACCCAUUGUAUUUCUUCACAUUUUAUUGUGUUACAAAGUGGAUUAAAAUGUAUGUAAAAACA